GAGGAACGACUACAUUUUCCAGAAAGAAUGACCGACAGAUCGCCUCAACAAAUUCUUAAAGAUCCUCACGUUAAUGGCUCAAUAGGUAGUAACUCUUCUCGAGGUGGUCAUUCCAGUGAAGAGAAUGGUAGAUCAUCUGGUACUCCUUUUCGUACUUACCAUAACGCUGAGGCUAGUUUCCAAUCUUCACCAGAAGGUUCUCCGUACAGAAUUAAGACGCCUCAGUUAACUCCUUACUCGAAACCAUAUACUGAUUAUCCUCAACAUAAAUUUCACGGAUGUUCGUCGAUCGACGAUUACGAACUUAUGGACAAACUUGGAGAAGGAACUUUCGGUGAAGUGCACAAGGGUAAACACACAAAGAGUGGUAAGAUUGUCGCGUUAAAAAGAAUAUUGAUGCAUAACGAAAAAGAAGGAAUUCCAAUAACGGCUAUACGCGAGAUUAAGAUCUUAAGACAGCUUUCUCAUCCAAACGUUGUGAGUCUAUCGGAUAUGGCCAUUGAAUAUGAUACUCCUUCUGAUACUCAACCAUCAAUUUACAUGGUUUUCCCAUAUAUGGAUCAUGAUCUUGCGGGUCUCCUGGAGAAUCCUGAUGUUGUUUUUACUCCACCACAGAUUAAAUGUUACCUAAAGCAAUUACUUGAAGGAACUUUUUAUUUACACAAUCAACUUAUAUUACAUAGAGAUUUAAAAGCUGCAAAUUUGUUAAUAGAUAACAAAGGUAUACUUAAGAUCGCAGAUUUUGGUCUAUCAAGGCCGUUGCAAGAAAAAACGUUAACUGGAUGUGUGGUGACCCGUUGGUAUCGUGCCCCCGAGUUACUCCUUAAAUCCAAGCGUUAUGGUACGGCCAUUGAUAUGUGGGCGAUUGGGUGCGUAUUUGGUGAGAUGUUAAAGGGAAAGCCUAUUCUUCCUGGUCGUUCGGAUAUUGACCAGUUGGAUCAAAUAUAUAAAUUAUGUGGAACACCCACUAAUUCAACUUGGGAAGGUUUUGAUACUUUGGCAAAUGGUAUGGAAGUGGUAUCGAGCAAAUAUCCCAGGAAAGUCAUAACUGAAUUUGAAAUAUUUGGUACGCAAGCUGCUGAUUUAUUGGAUAAAAUACUUGUUUGCAAUCCCAAAGACCGUCUAGAUGCUUUUCACGCAUUAGAUCAUGACUAUUUCUUUACAGAACCAUUUCCGGCUGAUCCUAAAAAUCUACCAACUUAUGAUUCAAGUCACGAAUAUCAUCAUAGAAAACCUCAAAAAAAAGAACGUGAAGUAGCCAACAGAAAUGAAGAUGAAUCUACUAGAGGCAGUAGUUCAACUCAAGAUAGUCAUCGGCAAAAUAAAAAAGAUCGUAGAUCUAGAAAGAGAAGUAGUCGAACUCCGGAUACCUCUCACUCUAAAAAAGUACGAAUUAAUGAUCAACGAGACCAACCUCCUCGCUCUGUCAAUGUUUCGCGAUGUAAAAGUGAGCAACAAAAUUCUUUGUGCAAUUAUUGA